CAAAAAUAUUUUUCGGUCGUUCAAAAAUUCCGUCUCCUCAACUUCAUAGCUAUUUUGGCAAUUGUGUGGCAAACUCUAACUGCAACAGAACAGGCUGAGUGAAGUCAUUAUAAGAUCGGAGUUCAGUAUUUAUUCCAAUACACAGCAUCAUUUUGAAAAAGCUCUAUUUGCAUAUAUCCUACUACUAACAAUCCAUCAACUGUACAGUCCAAGCAAUCCUUAUCAAAUCUCAUAAUUUUAUUUCUCACCGACUACAGAGAAAUUCAUGUGUUUAAAUCCAUGCUUAUUCAUUGUUUGAUAAGAUAUCACUAACAGUCUCUGGGAAAACUGUUUUAAGAUCCAAGACAAGAGUUAUUGUAUAGUGCCUUUGGCAAUGAACUUUUCUUUACUAUGGUUUUGAUGUAGUAGUGUUCUAAAUAAGUAAAGUGAGUUCUAAAUAAGACGUGUUUUCUGACGAAAAGCCUUAUCCAUUUCUUUCUGCCGUGAUUUGUAAAACUUAUAUAUAAUAAGAAUGCCGCGAAACAAUGAGGAAGCAUCCACUAGUAAAUCCAAAUACAAGCCUGCACCACAACAUUGGUUUUAUAAACGUAACGUAGGGUCAAAAUUCGGAUGGGUUCCCUUUAGUUUCAAAGAUUCAGCACGCCUCGAGGCAAACUUUUCGGCAAUAGCUGAUGGAAAGAGACCAAGUUUAGUACCAGUUCAUGGUGGUCGCUAUGAUGUGGAUAUUCCAGAGCGAAUUAAAACUCCUGUGUACUGGGAUGGUCUUCCUGUUGAUGUUCGGCGUUGUUCAUGGUUUUAUAAGACAGGUGAUGGGCAGUAUGUACCAUACAUUGAGGAAAUGGCUAAGAUGUUGGAGAACGAAUACAAAAAGACAUUAGAGAGCGGCGUCUGGAACAAACGUGUACAAUUAUCGAAAAGAGAGUAUGUAAUACUAUACGGGCCAACAUUAAUCGUUUAUGUUGAGCCAUAUGCAGAUCUAGAUAGUUGGGGAGGUUCAUCUAAUAGCUCAUCGCAACCGAGACAAGUAAGACGUGAUCUUACAGACUUUAACAUAGAAGAAGGUGAAACGGAUCGAGUUGAUCAUCUUAUUUUCAUGGUGCAUGGUAUUGGAGCUGCCUGUGAUCUAAAAUUUCGUUCUUUGCAAGAAGUUGUUGGUUCUUUUCGUUCAGUUGUUCACAAAUUGCUACGCAGCCAUUAUAAACACGCCACAAAAACAGGACAGAUUGGACGUAUUGAGGUAUUGCCAAUAUCUUGGCAUGAGGAUUUGCAUUCUGUGGAAUUGGGACUGGAUGAAAAGCUGACUGCAAUUACAUUGAAGUCUAUACCAAAGUUACGUAAUUUUACUAAUGAUACACUCUUAGAUAUAUUAUUUUACACCAGCCCUACGUACUGUCAAAAGAUAACAUCUACAGUCACUCAAGCUCUAAAUGACAGUUAUGAAAAAUACUGCUCAAGACAACCUGAUUUCCGUGGCAGUGUUUCAGUUGCUGGUCACAGCCUAGGUUCAGUUAUACUGUUUGAUAUACUAGCUAAUCAAAAACCUGAAGAAAAACGUAAGGCACAUCAAUCCGAUACCUCUGUACUUUCUGGAAGAUAUUGGUCGACAGUACCAAGUACACCAAAUACUGUAAAAGUAGAAGCCCCAUAUGCGCGAGGUCCAGCAGGAACUGGACAACCAUAUGUUAAUUACACAAAAUUAGCCUUUCAACCGAAAAGUUUCUUCGCACUCGGCUCACCCAUUGCAAUAUUUGUUACAAUUCGUGGAAUCGAUAGGUUGGGGGUCGAUUUUUGUUUUCCUACUUGUCCUAGUUUCUUCAACAUAUUCCAUCCUUUCGAUCCAGUAGCGUACCGAGUCGAGUCGCUUAUUUCUCCAGGAUUAUCAAAUGUACGACCAGUGUUGAUACCGCAUCACAAAGGUCGUAAGCGUAUGCAUUUAGAGAUCAGGGACACGAUGACACGUUUAAGUACUGAACUGAAGGCACGCUUCAUAAAAACUCUCAAGAACACACUAAAUACUGUGAGGCGUUUAAGUACCAGGAAUACAACACACCAAGAAACUGCUACAGUAGCGUCUAGUGGCACAACGAGAACUACAAUGACGUCUACAAGUGAAGAGGAAGAAACGAACUCACAAGAACUUCAAGAGGAAACAGAUUCUGAUACUUCAAGUAUAGAGCACAGUACGCAAAAUUCUGAUUAUACACUUCCUUCUAUAGAUGACCUACAAGAGUAUGGAGGUGACUUGCCGCUAGGUAAGCUUAAUAACUACCAGCGAAUCGAUUACGUCUUACAAGAAGCACCUCUCGAAUUCUUCAAUGAAUAUAUAUUCGCUUUGAGCAGUCACGUAUGCUAUUGGGACUCCGAAGAUACUGCGCUUUUAAUAUUGAAGCAAGUCUAUAAAGGCAUUAAAACUGACAGUGAGAUCGUUGAAGCACAAAUAGAAGCAAGUGUUGAGCGAAUGUUAGCGCCAUCAACAUUCGAUUCCGACAUAGAUUUGGACUCACGACCAAUGACUAGCGCUGCUGCUCGAGCUGUAGAAGAAGCAAGAAGAGCACGUCAACAACAACAUCCCCAAACAACAACAAUGGUAGAGCAAAAUGAAUCAACAAAUGAGGAGGAAACUGAUACAUCAAGUGAACAUGAAGAAGAGCGCAUCUCAUCAACACACACUUCAGAUUUCAAUUUUUAAAAGUCAUAAAUCUUCUUGGCACUCUAAUAACUACGUCUAUUCACCACUUUUUAGUGGAGUAUAAUAUUUCAUACAAUCAAACCAGUUCUUCAAAUUCCCAACAUAUAACGCCAAUAAAAUUGUCCAGCCUAGUAAAAUACAACCGAUUAUUAUUCCUGACAAAAGCAAUAGCAAAAUAGUUUUCAGUGCGCAUUAAUGGUUUUUUCAUAUUUAAAUUUUAAAUAGAAGA